AUGACUCCAGGAUCAGACCUGAUUAUAACGGUAGGCAUGCGCAGUAAGAGCAAUUUGCCAGGCGGCAUGUCUUUCACUGCCGAUGCAACUUCAGAAAACAAAAGCCUACAACUUCGUUUUGGUUCUUUUUCCUUGAGAAUUGUUCCUUUUUCCUCACUUUAGUUUAAUAUAAAGGCCGACAACGGCAGACUUAAGGUUCGACGGGUAGCUCAUGUACAAUUCUGUGGUAUUUCUUUGUGGAACGAGAUUUCUCUAUUUCGUACUGCCUCGCUCUAAAUGGAAUAGCUGCAUCUUGUUUUUCGUACCUCUGUCGUGUUUAACUUGUUUUCUUUUGACUUUUGUCCAGGGGGACCUGUUGUUGUUACCGUUGGUUUUUUUGUGAUGUCUAUCAACGCUAUUAACGUUAUGGAAAUGGUUUGUAUAAAAUAGCACUUAUUAGUUUAUAUAAAACACAUUUUAAGAUUGUUAAAAAAUUCUGAUUCCAAAUCGUCAACCGUUCAUUAAGAAGAAGUAACUGAUAAAACAUGAGCGACCGCUACGGCCCCGUACGAAGUCUGAGGACUCGGUUUGAACUCCGACUACGCGGUUACUAUGAAGGCCUUUUAAAAGCCAAUGGCACUGGUUAACAAUAUGUUUGUCUUUCUUUCAGGAUUUUACAUUGGAUUUGUUCUUGAGGCAGCAGUGGGUAGACAAGAGGCUUGAUCACGGCACUAAUGAAACAUUUUACCUCAGUAAUCACGUGGUUAACUAUAUUUGGAUGCCUGACUCCUAUUUUGUAAACGCCAAAGAUGGUGAAAUGCAUGACGUCACAAGUAGUAAUGUGAUGGUCAUGCUGGCCCCAGGAGGCCUGGUAAAAUACAAUGCACGGUACGAGAAAACAGGUGCCUACUACCCUAAGGAUAAUGAUUCCUUCUAGUGAUCGGUGCUUAUCCGCGACGUACACAAAACAAAUCGAUAGGAUUUUUCACGUACAAUAUCUAAAAUGAUUCCGAAAGCCCGGCCGGUUAUUUUUUCAUGUUUUCUCUGCUUGUAAACAUGAAAAAAUAAGCUACUUGUGGGUAGCUACAUGUGCUAAAUGUGUAUUUCAGUGACUAACUUUAACUCUUGCACUUUUAUACAAAGCAACAGUAUCAAUAUUUCACUGUUAUUUCAGAAUCACUGUUAAAGCUUAUUGUCCGAUGAAUUUGGAAGAUUUUCCGAUGGACAAGCAAAGAUGUCCUAUUACGAUUGAAAGCUGUAAGUCAGGUGUAUCGUAUAUACUACACGAACACUAACUGACGGACACACUUUUCCAAAUAUUUUCCAUAACUCUGAAGUCUGAUAUGAGCCUCGAUCCGACAAGGUGCUCAUUUGUUUUCUCUAUUUCUUUUGUCAUUUAAAGAAAGAGUGAUUGUUUUUCAAGAAAAAUUGACUGAGCAGCUUGUUCAAUGCUUUAACAAGCAACUGACCAUCUCUUUGUUAUUCAGAUUUAUUUUUCAACGGGAUUUUCCUGUUGGUAUUUUGGACUUUUACCGUAAAGAAUAUGAUAAAUACUGCAGGGCUAUUCAGUUCCCCAGUGGAGUGUUUAACCAGUACAAAUAGUUAAUAAAACAUAGCUAAACAUUAAGACCCACGGCUUUAUCAUCUUGUUGUUUUAGAUGGCUACAGCGACGCUCAUAUCACUUUUAAGUGGGAGACAUCAAAUGGCAUGGAGUUUGUAGCCAGUAAUCUACAAAUGCACCCUCAGUACGUUCUCACUGGUAUGGAGUUAUCACAGUCCUUUACGGCUUAUGUUGCAGGCGAGUAAAUUUUACUGUCCUCAUUUUUAAUCCGAGUUUCUUGCGAAGUCGUAUUUGCAUUAUAGUAAUGUCAUAUCAAACAUGAACAAUUGUUUUUAAACACCGGGAAAAAGAUGAAAAAAAGGGGAACACAGCAAUUUUUAUUUCAAAGGUUUGUUCGAUCGUUAGAGUGUUUUACAGCUUUUGAUUUUUGGAGAAAAAACAAUUGAAGACGAAACUAUGAAAAACAUUUUCCAUAAUUUUGGGAACAAUUAACCACAAAUUAAUAUUGGCUUGGUUUCUUUUCUCAGCCAACUGGACUGGAGUUACAGCAACAUUCGUUUUUGAAAGGAUUUACAGUUAUUUUAUCUACAAUGUGUACGGACCUUCGGUGAUUGUUGUGAUUAUUUCGUGGGUUGGUUUUGUUAUACCACGUGAUACACCAGCAGCUCGCGUGACCCUAGCUGUCACGGCAGUACUGACAAUUGUAACCAUCCUGACCAUACUGAACAGCUCUAUCGCCAAGGUACGUCACGCCAAUUUCUAUACGACGUAUUGCUGACUUUUUCAGUGUCGACGAGCUAAAACCUACCAGUGUUAGACGAAGGGAACUUGGCUAUAAAUCCAGAUGACUUGCCAAAAACCCAGUGAAUGUCCUCACUACCAUCUUUAGCUUGAGCUUCAACGUACAAAGCCAACCGGCCUAUGCGUCUGGUUAAAUUAUUUAUGUACGACUCUGCUCACAAUUCAAAAGGCCAAAAAAAAAAUUCCGCUUGGGAGAUAUAAAAGUCUUCUUUGGAAUGAUUUUGCAGCCAUUAUAGGUUAAAGUGCUUCUUAAUAAUUUUGUCUUGUGGAUUUUUAAUAUAAGAACACCAGAAAACCAGAAUAGUGACCGCGCCUUGUAUCGGCUCAGUCAAUGCGUAAACACUGUCUUUCCCUACCCACGUGACCUCGCUUUUCAAAAUAUUUAUUUUAUCGUGACAUUUAGAUCCAGAAUAAUAAUUUAAAUUUAAAGUAAUAAUUAUAGUCCAACAAUUGAAAAUUGGACGUUAAACCCUGAAAUAACACAAGGCCACGAAUUUCAAAUUUCGCGAUUUUUUCUUUUGCCCUAGCCUGAAUUUCAUCUGAUUACUUCGAGUCGUUAUUAACUUCCUCAGUUGCUGAGAGGAGAAAACGACUCGAAGAAAAUGGAUGAAAUUCAGGCUAUUUUUGCCCCCGUUUACGUACUUUUGGAGGCAUAUCCUACACAGGUGUACAAACAACAACUAGUUUUGUAACGUAAGAAUAAUUUUCUUCUCAGCACAGAGGUGACUUGAAGGGUAUGAUUUCUAUUUUUCUCAUUUUUUUAAAGGUAAACUACAUAAAAAAGAUAGAUGUAUAUCUUAUUUGCUGUUUCUUAUUUGUGUUUGCAUCCUUGAUGGAGUACUCAAUAAUCUUAUUACUAUCUUCGAGAAUGAAGAAGAUGCAGCAGAAGAGACCUCACAAGGAAGCUGAGGAGGUAUUUAAGUUGUCAUUGUUUUAUCGGCUAAUUCAGAGACGUUGAUGAACUAGGCCAUCGCAAUAAAAUGUUUCGUUUCCCAUCGCCCUGUCUCUUGUGAUGGUGGGUGUCGGUCGGUCGGGCAAAGCCUGGUUACAAAGUCAACUCGAAACGUGUUCUUUUUGACUAUCAAAUGUCUAAACAGCCUUUAAAAAACGUAGUAUCGAUGUUAAUUAAUAACAAGGACAUCACAUCAUACCAAUUGUUGUUAAUAAAACAAGAUCGUGUGCUUGUACUUGCUUCUCUGACUAGUUUCUUUGACUACACUGUAGUUAAUAUGGAAAUUUUUUUUUUUUUACUUUUCGAAAAAAAUGGGUCGGUCGGGCGAUGGGAAACGAAACAUUUUAUUGGGAUGGCCCUAGUAGAAAUUAACAAUCAACGGUAGAUUUCAAAAUCCUCAAGAACGUUUGUGCCUUUGUUACUUUCGACGCCUGACCACAUUUCGUCUGGAUAAAUCCUUCUGUUUAUGAUCAUAAUACAAGACUUAUGAGUUUCGUUUAUCUUUCUCAACAGGAAAAAGAGGAUCUUGAAAGUAACUCCUUUUCAGUCUAUCCGAUUGACCAACUUAAAGCGGUCAUCGCCUACCUUAAAAGCCGUGUUUACACCACGUCCUUUAUUUCUUCCCUUGAUGAUUAUUCAGUUUAUCUCUUUUCAGCAGGAUUUGCCAUUUUUAAUUUUGCUUACUGGCUGAACACAUUUAAAUGA